GACUUGUGACAUGUUUCUAACGGGAAGGUCCUGACUGUGGGAGAGAUGGACCCCCGAAGAGUCUUACUACUUUUGACCCUGCUGGUAUGCGCUCUCGGCGCAUCCCCGUCGUCCUUCAAGAACGCGCGGAACGGGCCGAACUUGAUCCGACGCACUCGCAGAAUCAGCUUGAACGAGUUCCUCGUACCGCCGCCGCCGCCCAAGUUCCCUCCCGACAGGACCGCGAGAUUGGUACCCCCGGCCGAGAAGUCGGGCUAUUUUUCCAAGCUGAUGACCUGGCUGAACCCCUUCAGCUACGUCCCCGCGUCGCCGCUACCGCCGCCGCGUCUCGAAGCUCAUCCCCCGCAGCCGAGGUUCAUUCAGCCACCUCCUCCCCCUCCGCCGCCCCCUCCGCCGAUUUCCGGAUCCUUCGCGAGCGGUUACGGCGGCUCGCCUCCGGUUUACGACAGGCCGCCUCUCCCACCGAUCUUUGCCAACCAUCCCCGCGCCCCGACGAAGAACUGCAACCCCUGCAACAAAGUGCCCUGGGUGCCGAUAAAUGGCGAAGCUUCUCACCACCAUACGGCGGAAGCGUCCCUCGUCCCACCAUCGUCGCUGCCGCUUCAAUCGUCACCCUCGAGCGGGAGCUACCUACCACCCGGUAAUCCCGGAGCCCACGACGUUUAUCACGCCGCCUCGCAGGAAGUCCGAGCUCCGGACCUCUCUUUCGCGUCGACGUUGCCCACCGCAGGCCAGAGCGUGCCCUUGCUCAGCCCGUUACCGAGUCCGCAAGUGUACCUUGGAGCGACGCCGCCGCUCUUCAAAGCAACGGACUUCACUUACCCCGUGCAAUCCACUCUGGGUGGGCUCCCGGAGUGGGAACUGGCCGGACCACCGCCCUCCGGGAGCAGUCUGCUUACGGGAAAUGGCGUCUUCCCGGUUGUAGUGGAAUCCAGCGGCAAUAACGGCCACAUCGCGCAGCCCACCUACCCGAGUAACCCUCUCGCUCAUCAACACGUGGAGUACACCGGGCUGGAACUUCCGCACGUUCGGAAUCCCGGCGGACACGGUGACUUGUUCUCCAGCAGCACCCAGGUGUCUCACGGCCAUGUCGGUCCCGCGUUGGGCGCGCAGGGAUUCGAGAAUAUCGCGGCUUAUCAUCAAGACUCGCUCGAUCCCGCGAGCCGUCAACCUUCCUUCGGCGGCUCCGCUCCGGCGGGUCAGCUGGGAGCGGCCGAUAACGGGGGGUUUCAUGCCACGGAAUCGAACGGAUUGGGCGAUCUCCUUGAUAACCCCAGGCAGAUCGUUCCGAAUCCUCCCAGCAGCUACGGGACUUCCGGCCUUGAUCGGGCGCCGGAUAAUUACGAGCAUCGCUACAACGACUUGUCCUCCAGCGGCAGCGUCGUUACGGAUUCCCACGUGGCUCCGCGCACCACGGACGGAUCUCCCGCGAAGAUUGAAGAUCCAAUACAUUUCGAAGAGUCACCGUUGCUAGAUCUCACGCACAAAGGUGAAAGUCGGACGGACUCGUCCCCGAUAUCAUCGCCGACCUCUAACGCGUUCGCGGACUUGAACGGGAGUAUCGGCGGCGUGACGACCUUGGCGCCCGGCGUCGAGUUCUUCGGCCCGGAUCUUCCCGACCUGACGGAGUCACGUUACCCCGUGGACGUGCUGAAGACGAUCGAGCCUUCGCUCGACAAGUCGAACUCGAUUGACGACGGCGCGAACGUUCAGGUCGCCGACGGUAUUCAUCAUCCUGCGGACCCUCAAGAACAGAAAGUCUCCUACUUUCAAUCGCUCAGCCACAGCCUGGCGGGAUACUUCCGGCCAGAUGUUUCGUCGACGACUUCGAGAAGCACGGAGAGAGGCUCGUUCUGGGGCUCUCUGGUGAACGUUUACGACGGUGUGCUCGGACACCAAGGCGAACAGUCUGCUGAAAAUAUCGACGUCGAUUCCGAGGAGGACGAGACGCGGGACGCGAAUCAGCAGGGCCCGAAGAGGAACAAAAAGGUGCAGGUCAUCAUACCCUACACGUCGAAGCACACGCCGGUCCCGUUCCAGCCGGUGCGCGAUCAGAAUUACGGACGGAAGGUCUCCUACACGGCUGACUCCGGUCGAGAUAAUUACAUCAGCGAAGAGUCACGGAAUAAGAUUAAAGUGACCGAUCUUCCGACUUGGCCUGCCACUGUGGCGAUAGAGGAAGAAGUCACCGGGAAACCGGCCGGCACUAAGGUGAACAACUCCAUUGACGUGCACAGAUUGCAGAAGAACAUCGACAACUGGACGAUACAGGAAUAUUCGCGGGGCACAACCGCCAGUACAGUAUCGCCCAGCUCGGCCAAGCCGUAUCUCUUCCCUUCGAAGCAGAUUCCAGACAAGUACCUGACGACCACCGAGCCUGUCGAUCACACGGAGGACGACUUUCGCGAUGAAAGUGUCAAGACCUUCACAUUGGGCGGAUUCAGCUUCAACGACCAAGAACGCGAGGCUUCAUCCAGCAAUCGCAUGGAAGGACCUCGAAUACAAGUGGUAACAGGCAACAAGGAUCAGGAGCCCACGGUCUCGACCGAGAGCUCCGUCGCCAUUGUUACCGCACAUUCGACGAACGACUUCACGUGGCAAGGUUUCCCCAUGGACAUUUCUCCGGUGAGCAAGGAACGAGUCUACGUGGUGACGCCGCAGCCGGUCCUGACCACAUCUAGGACGACGACGACGACGAUGACGACGACGAAGGAAACGGAGAGAAACUCGAAGGUAUCGACCGAGGCUUCGGAGACGGACACCGAGGAGGUCAAGGAGGAGACCGAUCCAUUCGAGUCCAUCGAGAAGGCCUAUCAGGUGCUGCCUCAGGCUGUGAAUAACUUGGCGGUGGCUUCCACUGGUCCGGAGAAAGUUCCCCUCUGGGGCAUUAUGGAACACGAGGAGUUCGGCUCGCUCGGCGACAGCGGCCACGACGAUCACGAGGACGGCGAGCCUGAAAUCCCUGUCCUGUACGGUGUCACGUGCCAGACGAUGACGCAUCAACGUGAAGAAUGCUCAAGACUAUUGUUUGUGCAUGUGUAG